GUGCUGCUGUUGGCUGACCGCGCGCGCUCGCUUUCUUUCCCUCUUCCCCCAUCUCGAGCCACCUCUUCGCCCAGCACGCACGCUCCGACCGCGCCACUACCAAAAGAGACGACACGUCAAAAGCCGAGGGGCCAGCGGUGAGGGAAUAUAAGUGAAAGAUGGACGAAUGAUGAGAGGACCGUUAGUUGGCAGACAGACCGGAGAACCGCUGUCGCAGAGGACAGAGGCAGGAGGAGAAGGGACGGAGGAGAGAGAGAAACUGACACAUCUGCCGUGACUUUGGGGAUUUCUCUCCGGCACAAGUGAAGUGAAAAAGGGGAGACGCCACGUUCGUUGGAUGCCAACAUUGACAAUGUGCGAGAGGAAUAAUUAACAUGUGUCGGAAUUACCGUGGUGGACCAACAUGUUGUCGAUUUUGGCGACCUUUGUCAUUUUUCUGUUUUGCAAUUUCGCCACUUAAAACAACGUCUGCUUCAAAAUAGUUUUGAUAGCCUAUAUAUUUUUUUUUAUUUGAAGCAUCCUCUUGGACAGUGUUUGGCCUCCCAGGGAGCAGGUUGGAUUUGUUUUAGGGGCAAAGGAGGACGGUUUUUAAGAGGCGAUACCCCCGCCACCUCCUCCCCCUUACAUAAAUGUUUGCGUGCCGUUAGUGCUCUAGUUCUCGUCGACCCCCCUUCUCCCUCUGAAUAGGUUGCUGAGUCUCACACGCAGACAGACGCAUCUCAUGCACACAUAGACACAGACAGACCUAUUAUCUCACGCGCACUUACAUAUACACAACUCAUAUGCAUACAUAAUUAUAUAGAAGGACCUUACCCCCCUCACCCACCCAACCCUCCACCAACCCUCUUACCACCCCUCACAAUCUGAUGACUCCCCGGCGUAGAGGUGGACGUGGUACGGAACCGGCUGUAGCAUCAUCAUCAUCAUCACCAUCAUCAUCACCAUCACCAUCAGCGUCCUCAACACUACCACUGCCAUCAUUACCAUCCUCCUCCUCCUCUUCCUCACCAUCACCAUGUCCUCGUCGUCGCGCAAGAUCUCCUCCGAGUCGUUCAGCAGCUCGGUGGGCUCGGACUGCGGGCUCGAAAGCCCCGGGGGAGAUGGAGGGGACGGCGGUUUGGAGCCGGCGGAGGAGAGCCGAGGCUGCCCCUUCUCUUCCUUCCCCUCCUCCCACAGAGCGGUGCUCUGGAACGGCCGCAGCCUCGCCGAGAGGUCGGCGUGCCCGGCGGGCGAGGAGCAGCAAGGACCCGGUGGACCCCACAAGAGGGUCACCAGAAGGAGACGGGUGAACCUGGACUCGCUGGGAGAGAGCCUGAGGCGACUGACCUCACCCACGACACAGACUGUUCAGGAAGCCCUACAGCGAACUCUACAAUUCUACAGACAACAAGAGAUCAGGUGUCAGGAAGUUGGCAGUGAGGAGAGGCGACGAGAGAAGAGAGAGGACAAGUGUCCAUUUCUAGAAAAUUCUGGUUCAGAGGAAGAUGUCCUGCAAAUCCUACAAUACAUGGCCACCAUACUGGGAGUACCAUUCUGUGAGCUGCGAGAACAUUUCGGAGAGGAGUUCUUUGGCCUCUGCUUUGAAGAAAAUGAACGAGUGCUUCGGGCCGUAGGUGGGAACCUCCAGGACUUCUUCAAUGGCUUUGACGCCAUUUUGGAACACAUUCGCACCUCCACGGGGCGCCGUGCAUCAUCUGAGAGCCCCUCCUUCCAGUGCAAGGAUCCCCACGAGGAGGAGAAAGGGCGAAGAAAAUUGGACAAGAUUGGAGAACGAGGUGGAAGAGGGAAAGUGUUGCUUCUUCAUUGUUUCAACCCUGCUCCUGUUGUUGGAUUGGUCAUGCCAGGUUUGAUCAGAGCUGUUGCCAGGCGUAUCUUUCAUUCAGAGGUUGAGGUGGAAGAGGUGCCACCUCUAACUCCUUUAUUGCCCAAUGAAGAUGCAGAACACACAGAUGGUGACUCUGCAACCCCAACUCCAACUGCGUCCCCCACCGCCUCACCUUCUUCGUCCCCGUCCCCUCCCUCUCCUUUUCCAACCUCUGUUCCCACAGUUUGCCUGUCCUUCCAAAUCCAGGAGACGUGCCCUCCUUCCCUCUCCUCCCUCCCAAAUGCUGCCUCAGCGAGCACCAAACGGCCCCCCACCUCACUCUCCACCAACCCCAGUGAUCUGCGCAUUGGUCUGGCCACGUUUUGCCGUGCCUUUCCAUUCCACCUUGUCCUGGGGCCUCGCAUGGAGCUACUGCAGCUCGGAGAAGGACUGAGGAGGCAGGCUCGCAUUGAGCCUCACCGGAGCCUCUCAUUCAGGGACUGUUUUGAGAUUGUCUCACCCAAGAUGGAGCCUUCGUUCCAGGGAAUCCUGCUGAGGCUUGCAUCCCCAUUUACCAUUCGUACCAGGCCCGAUACCACACAGGCUGGCACCAAGGAGAAGGUCAUGGAACUGAAGGGUCAGAUGAUCCACGUGCCCGAGUCCUGCUCCCUGAUGUUUCUGGGCUCACCACGUGUUGAUAAGUUGGAGGAGCUGAUGGGCAGGGGCCUCCACCUGUCAGAUAUCCCCAUCCAUGAUGCUACACGGGAUGUUAUCCUAGUGGGGGAGCAGGCCAAGGCCCAGGAUGGCCUGAAGAAGAGAAUGGACAAACUUAAGGCCACAUUAGAACGGACUCACCAGGCACUGGAAGAGGAAAAGAGAAGAACCGUGGAUCUCCUUUACUCCAUAUUUCCAGGUGAUGUGGCACAGAAACUGUGGCAGGGUCAGCCGGUGCCCGCUCGCAAAUUCGAUGACGUCACCAUGCUGUUCUCAGACAUCGUGGGCUUUACUGCUGUGUGCGCCCAGUGCACACCUAUGCAGGUUAUCUCCAUGCUGAACGAGCUUUACACACGCUUCGACUACCAGUGUGGCAUUCUGGAUGUUUAUAAGAUCGAGACAAUAGGUGAUGCCUACUGUGUGGCAGGGGGACUUCACAAGAAGGUUGAUAGUCAUGCGAGGCCAAUUGCACACAUGGCUUUGAAGAUGAUGGAACUUUCCGAAGAAGUGCUGACACCUGAUGGAAAACCUAUCAAGCUAAGGAUAGGAAUCCACACGGGCUCAGUGCUGGCAGGAGUGGUCGGGGUUAAAAUGCCACGUUAUUGCCUGUUCGGGAACAAUGUGACACUGGCCAGCAAGUUUGAAUCAGGGAGCCAUCCGAGGUGUAUCAAUGUUAGUCCCACAACUUACCAGUUGCUGAAAGAUGACCGUUCUUUUUCAUUUGUACCUCGUUCACGACUGGAGCUCCCUGAGAAUUUUCCCAAAGAGAUCCCAGGGACAUGUUACUUUCUGGAGGCAGGGACGUCUCACAGUCAUGCCUCGCUGACCAGCUCUCGCUCCGCUCCCCCGGCCUCUAUGAGGAAAGUCUCCUACAGCAUUGGGACCAUGUUUCUAAGAGAAACAAGUUUGUAGGUCCCAUACAAAGACUAGGAUGCACAGGUACAUAUUCAUUAAGUGAGAGGCUGGAUUUGAACCUGGGGAACAUGCAGGGAAACGAUCACUCGGAUCUUUGGAUAUGCAAAUGCAUUAUGUGAAAACUUGGAUUCAGGCCUGUGGGAUGGCCUGUAUCAAUCAAAUUUGAAAAACAAAAAUGCUUUCAUCACAGGUGUAAAAGAACAACAUGCCCUCAUCUCCCCUGUGCAAGGAGGAUAUGGUUCAAAAGACCUGAGGAACAGCAACUGUCCUAGGCUCACACGGACCCUUCCCCAAGGAAGUGUACUGUUGGGGCAAUUAGUCGAGAAAUCUUAAUAUAAAACUUAAUAUCUAGCUGGAUUCCUCAGCUCCGUACCUGGUGUCCAGCUCUCUCCAGUGGUCCUCUCUCCCAAAUGGCACCCUGACCUGGGUUUAGAGGCAACAAUGCUUGGAGCAAACCUGGAGAGAGACCAUUUACACGACCAGUGUUGCACUCAUUAGCAAUGGAAUUGCGCAAAUAGAACAACUCCACUUUCCAUUAACAAAGUGGAUGCUGAGGAAUGAAGUUGUAUGAACUUUUGAAAGAUGGCAACAUUGACGCAAAUGUUUGCUGUGCAUCAUGGCCUCUUGUACACGGAAGACCACUACUGAAGAACAAUACAACUCCCCCUUCCUCCCCUUCCAACUGUCCCAAAAUCACAUCAUGCUUUACUAAACAUCUGAUGCUUGUUACAUUCAUACAUCAAGUCUAGGACCAGUUGGGAUGGGGAGAGAUAAAUGAGAGGCACAAAUAAGGUUUGAAAAGGGGUCAUUUUAGGACAAAUGCCAAAAAUGCUAAGCUGAUCUUAGAGCCUUUCCUGCUUCUAACCCACAGCAAACUAUAACCAACAACAAUCCAGCCAUUUCAUUGCAGGUAAUAUGUUUAGGACUGAAAAUUAUUCCCAGCUCAGUGCCUUUUUACUGCUCAAAUCAGGACAAAUACAAGAUGGAUUCAUUUUAAAUAUUUGAAAAAAAAAAAGAAAAAGAAAAGGAGCACUUCAUUUAUCUUAUGUCUCCACUUGUUUGAAGACAUUUCUGUGCCAUUAUCUACACUAGAGAGGGAAGGAUUUGAAUGAGGAAAUGACAUGUGCCAAAGUUUAUAAGCCACAUUUGAACCCAGGAUCCUGCAAGUCAGGGGAACCUUAUCCCAGCGAGCUGCCCGCAGCACCGACUAGUUGUGUACUUCAUUUUGAGACAGUCAUAAGUGGCUAGCAAAAAAUAAAUCAAGUGCUCUUCAAAUAUUUGAAAUUCAAUACAUCUGUUUUGUCCAGAUCAACCAAUAAUUCACACAAUACAGUACUGAUAAUAUAGUACUAUAGUAACUUGUACACAUAGUCACAGUAUGCACGCUUGACACGGUUCACAUUUUCAUAUAUAAUCUUUUUUAAUUGCGUUGUUUUUUACCACAUGGAUAUAAAAGAUACACUAGCCCCUCGAAAACAUAACUAACAGGAUUUCAAUUCAAGUCUACUAGUUUGUUGGUAGACAGAGGAUGAUUCACUCAAUGGAAAUCUCAGGCCUUUCAAAUACUUCAGCGUAGCUCAGUAACCCAGACAUGGCAAAGUAAAUGUCAGGAGUUUUCUUCAUAAACUGUGAUCAGAAUGUGAGAAGUGAAGGGUUGAACCUGGAUAGUCUUAAUAUUUUACAGACUUGGCACAUUUGGGUAUUCACUUAAUCUAACUUAUAUUACAUCGCUGCCAUUGUUCUUCAUCAGUGAAGUACAAAUGAAAUAUCAGGUUUAUACAAGAGUGUGAAUAACUGGCUGUUACAGGCCCACAGAGAAAAAAAAAUAUUGUAGGAGGCAUUGUUUUACCUGAAAUAUUAAAUUUUUCAUGUGAUAGAAAUGUUUAUAUUGUCAUUAGAAGUACACUGAGAUUUUUCAAGAUCACAAUAAUUCAAACUUAUUGUUGAUGACUAAAAAAAAACAAACUGUUCUUCAGUUAAUCAAGGUUGUUUAAAUCAAAGGUGGUGUUUACCUUCAAGGUGUUUAAAAAAAAAAAAAAAAAAAAAAAGGCAAGGAUUGGUUCCUUCUGUCUAUUGUGUAGAUUCAUUUGUUAAAGGGUGAAACAUUUCAAUAGCCAAACACUUUGUCAAACCACUGGCCUUGGCAGGAACAGGAGCGUGUGCUGGCUAUGCUACAGUGUGUGUUUAAAACACAGCACGUAGGAAAACAUCAGAAGGAUAAUGUAGGACGCAAAAAAUGAUGCCCAUCUGGCUGAAAAUUUCACCCACUAAAGGGCAGAGAUUGACACCAGCACAACAAAGUAAUGUGCCAUAUUAGAGGAAAAGAUGGCAGAAGGGGAAAGUAGAAAAGCGAACCAGAGAUGGGUUAGAAGUACCACAAAACUUUGGUCCUUGUUCAUUUUUGCCAUCAUUGCCAUUAGAUUCUCUGACAGCAGUAGCAUCAGAAACACUUGCACAUGUCCAACAUGUUCUGUGAAGAUCCUUAUGGCAAUGAAAAUAGACAAUUUUGCUAAAAAAGAAAAUGCAAAUAUAUUUUUGACAAUAUUUUUUCCACAUACCCCACACUCUUAUCCAUAUUCACUGUAAACAAAAAAAAUAACUAUAUCCUAUUUUUAAUUGUUUCCUGUCGCUUAAAGUAUACUAUGCAGUAUAGAACUAACAAUGGACUAGACAUAAUAACACCUGAAGAUAAAUCCAAUCAGUCGAACAUGUGGGAGGUUAGUUUUUAGCCUAAAAAUAUCAGGAAUUGUAACACAAAGAAAGUAUGUGUAUUAGCUCUGAACUAGGUGCCAUUUUCCAGUGGGUCAGCAAAUGGCCAUUCAAAAUUUAAGUCAGUAGAUUAUUUUUAGUGGAGGCUUGCCACACCUCUUAGAAAGCAGCAUUAUGUUGUCCACAAAGCCAAAACAGUUCAUGAGACCAAAAGGUCUGCAACAUUCAUAUUUUUUGUGUCGUUAUGGAGAACCAGAAUCUGCAACACGCACCUGGGACAUCAGUGAAACCUACAUCUUGUAUAUGUAUAAAUCAGUGGUUCAGAGGAGUAGCACUUUGACUUGUCUGGUUUUUAGUAACACCGACAAGCCUGCCCAGCAAAACUAAAUUCUGGCUCAGUAUAAAUUGCCAAGUACACUAGAGAGUGGUUCACCUGGUUUUCCAAGAGCCUGAGGGAAGUUUCCCAUGUCUCUAAGGCCUGGGAAAAUGGGUGCUGGUUAGUCUUAAUCUUGCAGCUGAUUACAAAGAAAAGUACAAUUUCACAAAUGUUUGAGAGGCCACAUGGGCCAUUUUAUGAAAACAUCAGUUUUCACACAGUGUAUUCAGCUCUAUUUUAGUUUUAUCUGAUAUGGACAAAAGUACCCAUAAGUAGUCCCCUGUGCAUAAGCUUGUUAUACUGGGUUAAACCAGAAACAUGGGGCAAGUAGCAGUUUGAUGUCAUUACUGCAGGAUUCAAUAUACACAAUAAACUCCAGUCCAGGAACCGAUAGACAAGAUUAGAUACAGAUAACUGAUUGAUGAGGAAGUGCUAAUUAAUGAUGGUCAAUUCUGACUACUAUGUUGACAAUGCAUGGUUGCUAUUUUAGCUGCCAUUGCAAACCUAUUUGAUUACAAAAUUUGACUAUAAAAUUAAAUAAGCAAGUGCGAAUCAUGCCAAAUCCACUGUAGUGGUGUUCUUGCACUGAAAUGUGCAAGAACACUACUUUCAAUCCAGCAGUACAUAAAUGACUGAAUUUCCUUUGGGUCCUUGCAAGGCAGGUGAACCACUCUUAAGCCUGGGGUAGGUUUUUUUCCAAGGCUUUCACAUACAGAGACAUACAAGUGCUCUCUGCCUGUCAUCCUGGCACUAUUCUGUACUGCAUACAUGCAUUAAUGUGUACUUCAUAAAUCUAUUGUAGCAUAAAUGUAGUGCAGGUGUCGUUUACACUCAACUUCAGUAGUGCCUGAAUUCUGCAUCUAGGCUAAAUAAAGGACGUUACACCAGCGUUACACCCACGCAACUUGUGUCCAAUGCUCAUGUCUCCAAUUGUGUAAAUUCCUGGAAUAAUAUUAGACAUUUGGUCAGAUCUUGCAAGUCUUGCUGUUGUGAUGCGGAGGUGCUGCAGGUACUGGUUCUCUAUGGUGCCGUCGUCAGUCUUGGACCGUUGCACUGCAGUGCGUACUGUAGGUGACUUACUCACACAGAGGCAAACAUCACAGUUACAGUGGCAAUACAACUGAGCUGUACUGCAGGGGCUGUGUCAAACAAUGAGCCUCAUGAGCCUGAGAUUAAGUGUGGGCGGGUCCAGUGUCCAGUGAGACAAAGCCAAAUACAUCCAUAACUCCAGCAACUGUGUGAGUUUGUCAGUGUGUGUGUGUCAAACAAUAUGAGAACGUAUUGAGUUUGGUAAUGUAUAAACGUAAUUAUUUGUUAAUGAAGGCCCACUGUACCUGUAACAAAUCUGUACAAUUUAGAUAUAUUUAAUAUAUUCAAACUGAAACAUGGAAAUUGUAAUAAAAUUAAAGCAAAUUUUUUUUUUUUAAUAAUUCACAAAAUGAUUUGACAUUUUCACAUUUUCCACUGCUUUAUUGUCCUUUUUCUAUUUCAGCCAGAUACAUUAUGUCAGUAUGUGUGCCAUCUAAAGCCAGGCUGGUUUUCCCAACAUGCCAGUGUCCCACAAAACCUUCAUACCCUCAAGUAAAAUCCUUUUUUCUUUUUUUCAAUAAUCAAGGGGAAAAAAAUGAUAGAUUUUUCAUUGACACUAUUGUAAUUUUUUCAUUCUACAUCACAUUUUGAAUGAUUUUCAUUAACAAUGUAUUUAUGAAACAUUUUCCUCAACUGAAUGAGCAUGACACUGUCAGUUUUUUUUUUUUUUUUUUUUUUUAAUAAAUAAAGUUACUUAACAUAUGUUUUUUGCAGGACAUUGUUAUAAACUGUCUUGCUGCCAAGAUCAACUUCAUCCCCACUGGCUUACAGUACAGUGGGUCUAAGCUGAUGGGAACUGGUCCCUAUUGGUUUAACAUUAGCCUGGUUUUAACAGCAGAAACAAAUAUGGUUGAUGCUUGUCAUCCGUGUCCAGGGUUUUCAAAAACAAAUAAAAAAAAGCUCCCAGAAUGGAUGCACAUAACUCACUCCCACUGAUUUUCAAUCUAUACAGCUUCAUCCACAUGAGAAUAGUAGCUUCCAUAACAUUUGUUCAUCAGCUUAGUUUAAAACAAAUAGAAUAUUUGAGACAUUUUAACAAAUCAUCAUUUCACUGGGAUCUCUCCCUCAGACCUCUCUUUGGUAAACGCUGGCUGAUCAUGUCAUUUGUCAAAAAUCUGGUCAGUGUUUUGUACUUUGAUGUCAUGUUGAAAACAUAGAGCUGACCCUGGACAUGAACCCUGUUUCACCCUGCUGUUGGAAUCAGGUGUGUAUGUGGAAGAGGCUUGAUGACAGCUGUUGGUUUCUGACUGACAUUAAGGGCACAUCUUCUGUCUUAUAUGAUGUAAAUAAAAAACACCAAGUAUCUUUAAUAAGGAAGAAA